AAUCCAGAGAAAACGGGAAACGUCCCAAGUGUUAGGGGAUGUCCAUUGAUUUGGUGGGGGAAUGAGGUGGUGGUGGAAGGUGCUGCUCUCUCUCAGCGGGGACUGUUGCUCCGGACCUGGGGAGUGCAGCGUUAAACGUUGCACGGACUGGGAGGAGCUGCUGCUGCUUUCAGUGCGAGCAGCUUGCGGGUGUGAGCAGAGCAAAGGAGCGCUAGCUUCUGAUUACGUUUUCUGAUAACCGUGUUACCCCCAGCGACCUGAGCUGAGGAGAAUCUCGGCUGCAAAAUGGAACGGCGGCAGUUCUUCAGUACCCCGGUGACGGCUGUCCUGCCCAGACAGGGUGCGUGUUAAACCCAGCAGCAGCCCCCAACUUCAGGGAACUAACAUGGAGUUUACCAGUUUCAUGGUCACAUCUCUGCUUCUAUUUUACCAGCAGCACAGUAAGUUUGUAAGGGCAAUGAAUGAUCUUGGGGAGUAUAUAACCACUGAUAUAGAAAUAUCCUGGUUACCAAAUCUGGAUGAUUUAAUGAAGGGAUAUGCUCGGAAUUUUCGACCAGGAAUAGGAGGGCCUCCUUUGAACGUAGCAUUGGCUAUAGAAGUUGCCAGUAUUGACCAUAUAUCAGAAGCUAAUAUGGAGUACACAAUGACAGUUUUCUUGCGUCAGAUCUGGAAAGAUGAACGUCUUUCGUACAACCAUACAAACAAGACCCUCGGAUUGGACAGUCGCUUUGUGGAUAAGCUGUGGUUACCAGACACGUACAUUGUGAAUGCAAAGUCAGCCUGGUUUCAUGAUGUUACAGUCGAAAACAAACUCAUCAGGCUUCAACCAGAUGGAGUCAUACUUUACAGCAUCAGAAUUACUUCCACAGUUGCUUGUGACAUGGAUCUCACCAAAUACCCAAUGGAUGAACAAGAAUGCAUGCUGGAUCUUGAGAGCUAUGGCUAUUCAGCAGAAGAUAUUGUUUAUAAAUGGUCAGACAAUCAGCACCAGAUACAUGGACUGGACCAAAUCCAACUGGCUCAGUUUACAAUAACCAACUAUUACUUUGUCACUGAAAUGAUGAAUUUCAAAUCAGCAGGUCAAUUUCCACGCCUAAGUCUUCGUUUCUGUUUGCGGAGGAACAGAGGUGUUUACAUCAUUCAGUCGUACAUGCCUUCCAUAUUACUGGUGGCAAUGUCCUGGGUAUCAUUCUGGAUCAGUCAGUCAGCCGUGCCUGCAAGAGUCUCCUUAGGUAUCACCACAGUGCUGACCAUGACAACUCUGAUGAUCAGUGCAAGGAAGUCCCUACCCAGGGCAUCUGCCAUUAAAGCACUGGAUGUCUACUUCUGGAUCUGCUACGUCUUCGUCUUUGCUGCUCUGGUGGAGUAUGCAUUUGCUCACUUCAAUGCAGACUACAUGAGAAAGCAACGUGCCAAAAUUAAGACAAAUAAACCAAGUGGGGAGGAAAUUAAGACAACCGGAAAACACGCUAUCGUCCUGUUCUCCUUGUCAGCUGCUGGGGUGAACCAGGAGCUGCUCAUGUCCAACAGAUUACACCGGGCCAACAGGAUUCUCCGUGGAGACGAAGUUGAGAAUGGAAAGGCUCGAGCAGAUAAGCAUAACACAGCACUGAACAAGAAGCUUACACUGAAGUCCAUAUUCAAGCCUAUUGAUUCCGACACGAUUGACAUUUAUGCAAGGGCUGUCUUUCCAGCUGCUUUUGCUGCAGUCAAUGUCAUUUACUGGGUGGCGUAUACCAUGUAAGUGGCAUGGUAGAGUGGUGAGUUAAACAUUGUACAGGAACUCUAGCAAUAGGUGAACAGUGAACAUGUGUGAUGCUGAACCUCCAGAGAGCCUUUGCUCCAGGUGUUAUAUUAUCCCGUGGAAACUUGAUGAACAUGAACAAAUACUAAAAGUGUGAUAUUUGACUGAAUACCUGCACUGGGCUGUCUAUGCUCUGUUGAAUAUUAGUUUUUGCCCUUAAUGUUUUAAAAUGAAUUAAAUCAUCAAAUUAUCCAAUGUGUUGGUGCAAACAAUCUGUUCCUUGGAAAUAAUAAAGCUCAUUUAACUUCA